AUGUCUAAACCACUAUCAGUGAGAUUCACAGAGGCUUUGCAGCUUGUGGAAAAACUUGACAGCGUGAGCUUGCGAAGAGAUUCUGCAGAAUACAAGGAAGAGCUGAAAAAUGUCCUCGAUGUGCUGAAUUCGGUUAAGAAGUCCGUCCAACAAAUGGCACUAUUCAGUGUGAAUGAGGACAUUGAUGAGGUGAGCACAGGCGACUUGCGCUACUUAGCAAUUGAUUUCUACAUCGCACAGGUGCUUGUAAACACCGUCGUUAACAGGGCAUCCACUCUCAAGACCUGCAAUAACUUGUAUUUGCAGUUCCUAUGCACCUUGGAAAACUAUGGAAUAUUAGACAAAGGGCAGCGAGCAAAACUGGACGCGAUAAAAACAUCGUAUGACCCGCAAAUCGACGAGUUGCGCUCCAAGGAUCCUGUAACCAGAAGACAAAGCAAGAUCGACGAGUUCAAACGGGAGAAAGAGCUCAAAGAGAAGCUCAAGAUCCUCGAGUCGUCAGAUUUCCAUAAUUUGGACGAUGAAGUAGUGAGACAAGUCUAUCUAGACCAGCUCAAGUUUUUCGCCCUAAAGUCGUUCCAGAGCAUUGAGUCAAAUCUGAUGGAGCUCGAGGUUCUUGCCAACAUGCCUGUUCGUCCAAUUGAGCCAGUUCAGGAGCCGGAUGUGAGAGAGAGACAGAAGAAAUUUGACGAGACGUACACGGAUAAACUGGAGUCUCUAACUAAUCCAAUACUGUCGAAGGAUGGCAAGGUUUUGCGGCCCUUCACGAUCGUGCCAUCGACACGAGACCAGGUACAGAAAAAGGUAUUUGGAACGGGCCAGGUGCUGCCCACAAUGACCGUGGAAGAGCUUGUGGACCAAGAAUUGGCAAAUGGUGGCAUGGUCAAGGAAUCCUUGCCGGAAAAAGAAUUCGACGAGGAUAACGAAGAAGAUGUUGAUAGACUAACGUACAAGAACCGCGAAUGGGACGAGUUCACCGACAACAACCCGAGAGGAAGCGGAAACACACAGAAUUUGGGCUGA